AAAAAAAAUAGAGGGCAUUUGUUGGGGUAAAGAAAGAUAAAAGGCCUCGAUCAAUAUCAUUACUCUUGCCCUUUUUCUUCUGUAAAAUUCUGAAGCUCUCUCUCUUCAAUCUUCUCUGCUACAACAAUCAAUGGCUUCCAGUCGAUGGCUCAGGCCUGAGGUUUACCCACUGUUCGCUGCCGUCGGUGUCGCCGUUGGGAUCUGUGGGUUUCAGCUGGUUCGCAAUAUCUGUAUUAAUCCUGAAGUCAGGGUCUCCAAGGAGAAUAGGGCCGCCGGUGUUUUGGACAACUUUUCUGAGGGAGAGAAGUACUCUGAGCAUUUUCUGAGAAAGUAUGUUCGGAACAAGACUCCUGAGAUCAUGCCAUCCAUCAACAGCUUCUUCACUGAUCCAAACCGGAGCUAAAUAUGACUUGAAUAAAAAGCUUUUAUGAGGUUCCUUGAAACUUAAUGUGGGUUGCAAACAAUAUGUUACUAUGGAUGAAUAUGUUAAAUAAUAUGGUGAUGUCCUAAUGGUUCAAUAGUGUUUGUGUAAGCCAAACUUGAAUUGAAACUUGUUCUUUAUGCUUUGAAUUUGACUUGUGUUUUGGUGUUUACAUCUUUAUAAACGUUUUAAGUUCCA